UUAAUGGGGGUUGGGCUGCGGAGGACGCCUCGGCCCAUCUGCCCCGGGGCCGCCCCCGGCCGCGCCGCACGAUGUGACCGAAGGGCCCGGCGGGUCCUUGCUCACCUUCGGCGGCGGCACCGGCGGUCGGCCGGGACCCAUGUCUGCCUCCGGGGAAGUGGAACGAGAUACUUCACGAGUCUCGGCCUGCUGACGUCUGACCCCGGCUUCUCGGAUUAUCGAGUUUUGGAUUAUUGAGUUUAAAAGACACGCAUCGCUAAGAGCGUUCAGAGAUGUUUGGGUUCAGGCCUCACUCCGCUUCAUAGCAUUCCACUUCCAUGGAGGGGAAGAGUGCUCUGCACACGGUGAUCGCUCUGUAAAUGCGACUGCUUGAUCGAGAGCAUCAUUUUCUUCACCCCCCGGCUCCUUCUCCUCUGCUUCCAGUCUGUAUGUGUGGAGGAGGAUAGGAUGGUCUCCCACUCGGAACUGAGGGAACUCUUUGGCUCCGCAGACGCGGUUUGCUUUGACGUGGAUAGCACCGUCAUCAGGGAAGAAGGAAUCGACGAACUGGCCAAGUUCUGCGGCGUUGGGGACGCCGUGUCCGAAAUGACGCGGAGAGCGAUGGGCGGCUCGGUGCCGUUCAGAGCCGCCCUGACCGAGCGGUUGGCCCUGAUCCAGCCUUCCAGGGACCAGGUGCAGAAACUGCUGUCCGACAGACCCCCUCAGCUCACUCCCGGAAUAAGGGAGCUGGUGGGCCGCCUGCAGCAUCGCGGCGUCCAGGUCUUCCUGGUGUCCGGCGGGUUUCGAGGGAUCGUGGAGCACGUCGCUUCUCAACUCGGUAUCCCAGCCCACAACGUAUUUGCCAACAGGCUGAAGUUCUACUUCAAUGGUGACUACGCCGGCUUUGAUGAAACCCAGCCUACGGCAGAGUCCGGGGGGAAGGGCAAGGUCAUCCAUCUCUUGAAGGAGAAGUUCCACUUUAAGAAGGUGGUGAUGGUGGGGGACGGAGUCACGGACAUGGAAGCCUGUCCCCCGGCGGAUGCUUUCGUCGGCUUCGGCGGCAACGUGGUCAGGCAGCAAGUGAAGGAAAACGCCAAGUGGUUCAUCACAGACUUUGCGGAACUCCUCAGAGAGCUGGAAGGGGGACCCCGGCCUUAAUACACUCGAAUCUAUUCGGAGCAGCCCGCUGGAACACAACUCCGUAGAUCGAAAUCGUUUGCUUAAGCUCACCCGUGGCAUUUUCUCUGUCGAAACACGGGGCAGGCACCUGCCUGUCUGGGGAAAUCCCGGGUGGGGCUCCGAGCAGGCCCCUCUCUUCCCCUCCUUGGUGCUCCAUGGGGGUCUUGCCCACCCAUGUGGGCAUUUUUCUAGGCUGAAUUCCCCGGAUCUUUUUGUAAAUGCUGUUCUAGCCUUCCCCAAGGCUGGGAGUAAGAUAAAGGUGUUUUCGCUCUGCUAGAUC